UAACAUCUGACCAGGACUAAUCGAAUUGCGACCAAAUCUCAUCCCCUCUGAUAAUGGAUAACCUGCGAGCUGUAAGAUCUAAACUGCUCACCAGGCUAGCUUCGACUGGUUUAAUUCGACAUCCUGGGAAUGGGGAGGAUAUUGAGCUUUGUCCUAAGGAUCAAGUUGUUACUCGCGAAUACACGAAUGAUCUGACGUCACCUGCUGAUGAUACCCCGGAUGCUGAGACACCGAGCGGCUCUUCUUCUCACACCCUAUCUGAUGGAAGUGUGUUAGAAGCGAGCACGGAAUCAGAUCAUCUUCGUCAAAUGGACGAAGAUUCGGAGACGGACAAGAGCAGCGCCUGGCAGGCUUGCUGGAAUGUGAGUAACUGUAUGCAAGGCAUCGGCAUCCUCAGCCUGCCAUACACAGUGAAGGAAGGGGGCGUGGCAGUUCUGGUCGACAUUGUAGUUAUACUCAUCCUAUUGAACUAUACCAGCAAGAUCAUAGUUUACUGUAAAUAUGACGACGAGGAUGAUGAUGACAACGGGUCAACGAGAAUCGACACAGAUAGAAAAGCUGCACUUGCAUCUGAUCGUCCACAGGUUGUUCGAGAGACAUACGCCGACAUCGCUGAUGCUUGCUUCAAACAUGGUGGUCAUGUUAUCAACGUCUUACUGAUCAUUGAAGUAAUGACAAUGGCGGCGCUGUACCUUCAGUUGUCAGGUGCUCUACUAGUAGAUACCUUCCCGCAAGCUGGUUUAAACCGGUUUACCUGGACAGCUUUAAUAGUCGUUGUGCUCCUUCCAACUGUACUCUUCAAGAACCUCACGAAGAUAUCGUGGCUGAGCCUUGUGGCUUUGAUCGCACUUGCCGUGAUGUACUGUAGCGUGGUGUGGUACAGCUUCGGUCGUAGCAUCCGAUGGAAGAUGGAGAGCAUCCCGCCGUUUUCCAUCGAACCCGUCGCCAUCAGCGUCGCCGUGCUUUCUCUCAAUUUCGGAGCACAGGAGAUUAUGCCAGGAGUGGAAGGCAGUAUGCGAGAACCUUCGCGCUUUAACGUGAUGCUCAACUAUUCCUACAUCGUCACAGCGUUCAUCAGCGUCGCCUACGCCCUCUUCGCGUUUUUGACCUUCGAGGAAGACACCCAGGAGUUCAUCACCUACAACAUGCCUCGAGGACCGCUCCAAGCUGCAGUUAGUUGUCUCUUCGUCAUCAAGUCCAUCCUGACCUACCCGCUGAUGAUUUUCCUCGUCGUGAGUACCAUCGACUCUAUGAAGCUGUCAUUCUUAUCCCGUUGCUAUCCAGAUAUUGCUGAACGCUGUCCACCUAUUUGGGCCAUCAUCUUCAGGGUUCUCUUAGUAGGUCUGUCCUACCUGAUGGCAGUAGCCAUUCCUCAUUUCUCUUUGCUAAUGGGUGUCACUGGAAGUCUUAUCGCACCAUGGCUGGACUAUAUCUUCCCAUGUCUGUUCUACUUAAAACUAAGAAAGAGGAGUAUAAGAAUGUUGGAGAAGGCAUAUCUUUGGUUUAUCAUCAUGCUUAGUGAGAUAACGGGUCUCGUAGGACUGUUUUACUCGUGCAGGGCAAUGAUUAGAGCAUUUGGAGGAGAUAUCAAUAACGAGUGGUGAUACCUGCUCACCAAUAGCACAGCACAUUUAAUUUUUUGUUUUUCAUCCUUUGUUGAUGGUGAUUUAAAAUUACCUGAUUCCCUGGUUACAUCAACGAGGCCGGCACCAUACUGCCUAUACAGAACGAAAAAUAACAAAUGACAUUACGGGGACAUUACCCACAAUGUAAAAAAAAUAUGUCGGUCUAGAGUCGACUUGGAGUCUGCUUGGCAGUGUGACUUGGAUAUGAUCAUAUUGGAGCAUAUGUUCGUUUUAUCUAUCUUUCUUUCUUUUUCCCUUUCUUUUUUUUCUUCUGAGUAAUCCACACAAAUACAAGCUCUGCUUUUGAGCGCAUUUCUCAGUUUCCUUUAAAGUUCUACUUAAUU